GUAUUUUCACCAGGGUUGAAUGGUACUGCGAAAUAUUAUGUGCAUCUGGAGACAAAAAUUGGUAUAAGCGGUAAACCAGAAAGAUGUGUUAAUGCGGAUGCUGAUGGAUGCGGUGGAAUCGGUUCAUGCGUGCAUUGUGAUAUCUGCACAAAUAUGGGUGGUGCAUUAAAGAAUUUUGUGCAGAUUCUUGAAAAGGAUGAACCAGUGAAAUGUAACGCUGAAGGGCUGGCACCUGGAAAAUACAAAAACAUUUCAUUGCGAGUAUGCUUGCCAACGAAAAACGAGUUAUUGCCAUUCCUUGACCAAGCUCAAAGCUUCGCCAUCUGUUAG